CACUAACUUCGAGUGCAGCCUCGGGCCAUGGCGAGCACAGCUCCCGCCGCUGAGAACGUGGACCGUGAGUUGACCUGCCCCAUCUGCCUGGACACGUUUGACUGCCCCUCCACGCUCAGCUGCGGCCACUCGUUCUGCCUCCAGUGCCUGGAGGACGCCUGGAAGGAGGCAGACUCCUACUGCUGCCCGCAGUGCCGCAAGACUUUCCCUCGACGACCCCAGCUGACCAGGAACGUGACGAUCGCCAACCUCAUGGAGCAGCUGCGAGUGACUGAGUCCAUGGCUGCUGCUGCUGCUGAUGGUGUUGUUUUCUGUGACCACUGCCCAGAAGGCCAGACGCCUGCAGUGAAGACCUGCCUGAGGUGCGAGACGUCCUUCUGCACGGAGCACCUCGCGCCUCACCUGGAGAGGGCGAAGUUGAAGGACCACGUCCUGGUGGCCCCGAUUGCGAACCUGGAGCGAAGAAGAUGCAAGAGGCACAAACAGGAGCUCAUGUUCUACUGCAAACAGGACGUGAGCCUCGUGUGCAUGGCCUGCACCAUCACCGGAGAACACCGAGGGCAUGACGUCGACACGCUGGAGGACGAGCAUCAGACACGGAAGAGUGGAGUCGGAGCGGAGACGCGAGCGGUGGAGGAGAAGAGGAUGGAGGCGGAGGCGUCCGUGGAGUGGAUGGAGGCCGCACGCAAGGCCGUGCAGGAUUCUAUGGUCCAGACCAAGGCUCGCAUCUCAGGCGAGUUCACCCGCAUGAGGGCGACGCUGGAUGAGGACGAGAGGGCGGCUCUGGACCGCGUGGACGUGAAGGGGCACGAGCUGCUGUCCCAGAUCGAGGAGAGCAUCUCUCAUUACCAGCGCGAGAUCAGCGAGCUCCAGGCAGCAGCCACGUGCCUGCGUGCUCUGCAGGAGGAGAGGGACUCGCUCACGUUCCUGCAGGUUCACCUUAAGGAGACAAACAGGAUAGAUGCUUGGAAGGAAGCUGCACACUCAUUUCCCAGCGAAGAAGACAUUGAAGUGAUCGACACUCUGCAGGGAGCUGUGGUCAGACUGCUGGCGUUCAUGUAUGGACGCUCACCGACUCUGGACCCAAACUCAGCCCAUGACGAACUCCAGACCUCCGCGGAUCUCAGGACGGUGACGUGGAUCGGUGUCGCCCAGGGUCGCUCCGUUCACCCACAACAGUUUGAUCGCUAUUACCAAGCCCUGUGCUCCGAGAGCUUCUCGUCGGGUCAACACUACUGGGAGGUGGACGUGGGGGCCGUGGGGGAGUGUCGGGUUGGAGUCGCGUACGGGACGAUCGCGCGGAAAGGUUAUGGCGAUGAGUGCGAGCUGGGACAAAAUUACUCCUCCUGGGUUUUAUAUAAAAAUGACAACAUCUGCUGCAUGGUUCAUGGUGGUGUCGGCACCUCACUGCCGGUGAGAGAUCCUCCCCGGAGAGUCGGGUGUCACCUGCACUGGGAGGCGGGGCUGCUGUCGUUUUACUGUGCCGACUCCAUGGAGCUGCUGCACUCCAUCCACCACUCGUUUAGUCAGCCGCUCUACCCCGCGCUGGGUGUGUGGGGUGAUGCCGGCGACUCAGUGAGGAUUCUGGAUCUGAGUCGUGCGUCCUGAGAGCACGGAGCGUCAGCAGCGCAGACAACAGGCCCAAACGCACAGACUCGUGCACACAAAUGCAGCGGCAUCGUUGAACGUUGAGUGGAACUGCCGCUGUAGUGACGGCCUCGAGCCAACAGGGAGCAGAAGGGAAGCCGAGAUGGAGAUGAGUGAGGCCGUUAGGCCAAGGUAAACCCCAGUGUAGCUCGGGACCAGGGGUACAGACCCCAGACUUCCCAAGAGGGGUGCUGGGGGACAACGUCACGCUCCAGGCCCCUCCACACGGUUCCAGAAGGGGGGAGUGGCUAGGGGCGGAGUGAGCCAGAAACCGGUAUCAAAGCCGGUCCCCUGAACGGGACUGGCAGUCAUCGUUUACCUGAAGACCGAAGAGCCACCCCAGAUACCUGGAGCUGCCACCUGGAAGACCCGAAGCGAAGAGCCCAAAGGGCAGAAGCAGAACCCCUGGCUAGGGUCGGGACAAAAGUUUAACCAGUGUAGGGUCAGAGUUUAACCAGUGUAGGGUCAGACCUUAACCAGGGUAGGGUCAGAGUUUAACCAGGGUAGGGUCAGAGUUUAACCAGGGUAGGGUCAGAGUUUAACCAGUGUAGGGUCAGAGCGUGACCAGUGUGAGGGUCAGAAUAGUCUGGAGGAAAUACCUCCUUAGGGUAUCGGGUGGACGGGGCCGUACCCCUUUUGUGUGUUGUAAAUUUAAAAUAAACGUGCUACCUCCGGAGGAGAGAAGUCUCCUCAAGUUUUGUACCCACUACACAGACAUAAUACAAAUACCCCCCCCCCCCAACCCCCCCCAGAUCGCCGUCAACAAACUGUUGGGGCAAGUUGCGUCAGUGAGCACUGCAAGUUUGGCCGAUCUACUGGCUCAGGUGGAGGGGUGAGCUCUAGUUAGGGGAGCUGUGUAUAAUAUGGGUGACACGGGAUGGCUCCAGAGACUCAGCGGUGGGGGUCCAGGAUUCUGUGAGUUCUGAAAGCCACUCCCACGAGCGUUAAUACGGUGAAUGCGUCAUCACGAGAGCACCGGCAGUAGUGAGGCAGCGAGGGUUUUGUCGAUCAACUACAGCAAUGCUCUUUUCCCGUGGGCGUUGAGGUGCCAUAACCUGGCUCACAAGGAGAAAGUGGUAUCGCAAAAAGAAUGUGAACUCCGCCUAUCCCUUCUACAUGGGACAGAGUGAUGCCCCUUUGCACACAAACGUGGGCUUCUAUGGGCGCUCCGGUUUCCUCCCACUUGUAAGUACACUAAUGCCGUAAUAUACGUGUGUUAUAAAUGACUUCCACGUCAA